AUGACUGACGCCGACGUUGCCCAUUUCUACAAUUUACCAUCGGCGUACCCAGAAGAAUGGCCUGCGGAGCUGGACGAUGGAGACGAAGAAGAGGAGGAGGCUCUUCAGCGCCGCGGCUCGAAGUCUAGCUACCAUGUCCUGGAUCGGAGCAACAGUCGGCGGGGUCCUAAUCUCGGGGGGUUGAAAGGCAACAAUGGCCGGGAGAACCUUGUGAAGGUUGACGAGCCUGACCCUCUGGGUUCUACUAACAGUGUAUUAAACACUCUGAAAAAGCGCGGAUUGCCCGUUGCUGAAGACAGCCGCCUACGGAAUCGCUUCCUGCUCUCCUCUACCGGCUUCUCCCCCGCCCUCUUCCUGUCGCAAGUCCAUUCCGACGCUUCCAUCGAGUCUCUCAUUGACGGUCUCAAUGCGCUCUCUCAGUCUAUCGACCAGAAAUCCGCCUCGCUCAAGGUCCUUGUCGAGGCAAACUUCGAGAGAUUCGUCCGAGCUAAGGCAACCAUUGACAGUGUAUACACAGAGAUGAGGAAUCAAGGAAGGGAACAGGAAUUAGUGGCUCACCGCAGGUCGGUGGGACACAUCCGAAGCAUUUCCGGAGCGAAACAAAGCCCCCUUCCGUCCACCGAGGGCUCGGAAUUCAGGAAGAAUGCGUUGUUGAAGGAGAGCGAUUACGGCGUGAAGGGCAUUCGAGUGCCUCUGACGGAAGCUUCCGUGAAGGCUGAGGAAGUAUGGGGCCCAGCAUUGAGCGGGCGCGAGAGAGAACAAAUGCUCAAGUCUGUCGUUGAGAAUAUGGAGAGGCGCCGGGAGGUCUUUGAGAUAGGUGGGCAUCUGUCGAAAUCGAUUAAGCAGAGAGACUACGAAUCCGUCUUCGAGGAGUAUCGGAAAGCAAGAGCUCUUACUCAGGAAGCCAAGAGUAUUACCGACAUCGCCGCAAGAGAAAGUCGGUCCUUGACGGACGAGGAAACCCAUGUCAUUCUGGCUUUGGGUAGGAUGUGGAUUGACGUCGACCAGCAGAUCCAGGGCUUCAAGCGUGAUCUUUGGAGGCGUCUCAAUGAAGCACCGAGCACAUCCACGAGGAUAACGACUUCUGGGCCCAUCGAAGAAUAUAUGGAAUUGAUCGGGGCUUUGUUGGAGCUAGGUGUGGACGACAACCCUAUCUGGGUGUGGCUUCUCAGCCGCUAUGAUUACUUACGGGCGAAGACCAAAGCGUUCUGUGAACGCGGGAAGGUUGAAAUCGAGAUUUUGAGGCGCCGUCUUGCGAGUGGAGCGGAGCCGUCGCCUCAGGAAGUGGCUUCUUACUUGCGACGAACACCCCAGGACAGCUCAACUGGCCCAACGCCGUUGCCGGACACUGACCAAGUAAUAGAACUCUGGGAGUGCGUUCAUACAUACCUAAACCGGCUGCUGUCGUCUCAGGGAGGUAUACUUGGGGAAGUUCUAGAUUUCUGGGAAGUUGCUCAGUCAUUCAUUGAUGGGAACAAGCAAAAGCUUCUGCCGGUUGGGUAUGAAGGCGAGAGCCGUAAGCACCACAAAUUUGCGUCGAGCGAUGUGAGAGACUUACAAAAGGGCCUUCUUGAGCUGGUCAGUCUGGUUCGAGAGGGUGUUCUGUCUCUUUUUGCCGAAGCGCCAGUGGAGGAUGUCUCUCUUCUCACCUCUCCAGUGCAACCGCCGAGUCCGAGUAGUCCGAUAAGCUUGGGGGUGACGCCGACCGAGUCCCGUUUCAAGCUCGAUCCCAAGAAUAUGCCUUUCCCUACACCAAAGCGCGGUGAAUUAUGGGAAGGCUAUGCGUUCUGGCCUCCUUUCUCAAACUCCCUCAGCGGAGUCCACUAUCUCGGUCAAUUCCUCGUUAUAAUCGGCGCAGCAGCGGGAGGGAUGGCGACGCUGGAACCGGUUGCUAACAGCACCAGCACCCGCGAGUCGCUCAGAGGACUCGUAAGUGUCAUACGUGAACGUGCAGUUCGCAUCGCCUGUUCCGCAUGGGAGAAGGACGCAGAAGUCUGUCGGCUGUUGGAAGAUUGGACCCGGGACCCAAAAAGAAGAGACUUGACAAAGAUGCCAGCACUCUUUGUCAAUUUCCAGAGCGUUAUACUCAGCGGAUUGCAAAAGGUCCUCUACAUGUCAGAAGCGAUGGCUAAACCAGGUACAGUGGCCGUGGUCUCUCAGCCGCCAACCAAAUUGCUCCAAAUGGUGCGUCGCGAGUUCAUAUCGAGCAUAGAGAAGGCACUCGGCGGUCUUGUUGAAACUGCGGAACAUCCAACAGCUCGUGAAGAGAAUGAUGAGUGGUCCGUGUCUGAAUCUACAGCGGCAGCCAAGAACAGCAAUGGAUCAUCAGCUCUUCUUGCCGCGGACGCUGUGGAUUACCAGAACAAGUAUGUCCGCAUUCUCCUGACGCUAUCGAACAUCAAAGCCUUCCAAGCGGACUUCGUCCCCCAACUCAUCGCCAACUUCGAGACGGCAUUCUCCGUAACGCUGACCGACGAGGCCAAGAUUAUCCGGCAAGUCCUUGACCAAGUCGAUCAACGGCUAUUCCGAUCAUACACAGAACCCACAAUCACCAACCUGAAGAACAUAAUCACAGAAGGCAUCACAUCGCCAAACUGGGAGCCUGCAACAUCCCGCCCAGAGCACGUCCGACCAUACGUGUACAACACAAUGCUCGCUCUUGUCCUCGUCCACACCGAGAUUUCAACAACUAUCCCCUCAACAUCAUCCUCUACAGCAAGCCGCUCCGCCGCUUCUUCUGCUUCGGGGCAGUCGCCCCUCCUCUCAAUGGUCCUCACGCACCUCCUCACACAAGUCUCCACUGCCCUCAUGAAUGCCUUCAACUCACGGCCUUCGUAUUCCUUAAACGCGCUGAUCCAGGCUACACUCGACACCGAGUUCAUCGCCCAGACGAUGUCGCAGUAUUCGUCGGACGAUGCGUCCGCUGUACAAAGUCAGAUCUAUGUCGAGUUGGAUCGGAGGACUACGCAUGAAGCAAGGGCGCGCCUGCAAUCUGAGUUGGGUGAGAUGAGAGGUAUUCUAAAGAGACUGAGAGAGCGGACGAAGGGUGAAUUUGCUUGUUUUAGGAAGCCGAGGAGCGGUACUUCGCAGAAAGCCGCUGCUGCUUGA